UCGGCAGUCCCGACCUUCUGGACCACCCGGCUGCUGCCGGUCGCCUCGACAUGCUCCAGUUCCUUCACGAAAUGUUCCCAAACAUGCGCCUCGAGCACACGCUCGCGGCAGCUGCGCGCCACGGGCACUGCCACAUCGUCGCGUACCUUUUGGCAACGGGCAUCUCGUCGAUCAGGGCGCUCAAGCAGGCCGCCGAGUAUGGGCACCUCGCUUGCUGUCGCCAACUGCUCGCAGUGUACCGCGACACCAACGUCUUGCCAGUGUCCGUGAUGGUCGCCGCCGUCUCGGGCGGACACGACGCCGUGAUUGAACUAUUGCAUCCGCUGCAAAUCUGGUCGCACGAGUACAUGGACACACGUGCGCGACUCGGCCGGCUUGAUCUUGUGACGUUGUUGCACACUACCGGACACUUUGCGUGCUCCCGCACGGCCAUGGAUUUGGCUGCAACCAACGGGCAUUUGGCGGUCGUCCGGUUCCUCCAGACCCACCGGAACGAAGGCUGCACGGAGCUUGCGAUCGACGGGGCUGCUGGAAACGGGCAUUUGGCCGUCAUCAUCUUCUUGCACGAGCAUUGCGGUGCCAACGCCACGGCGUAUGCGGUAGCGCGGGCGGCGGCGGGCGGCCAUGUCGAGAUCGUGCGGUACCUGCACGACGUCAUGCACACGCCUGUACUUGACGACGUGCCCGAGCGCGCGGCGCGUGGUGGCAACUUGGAAGUUGUCCGCUAUCUGCACGAACAAGGACUUGGUCGAUGGACACGCCGCGUCAUGGACGAAGCCGCAGCGUUUGGCCACUGCGACCUCGUGGUGUUCUUGCAUACGCACCGAAGCGAGGGCUGCUCGGCCGCCGCGUUCGACGAAGCCGUUGCGCGUAGCCAUCUCGAGGUUGUGCGCUAUUUGUACGAGGUCGUCGGGUGGAAGAUGUGCUCGAUUAGUGCGGCGCGGAGAGUCAUACGAAACGGCGAAGCGCCACUGCUGCAGCUCAUCGACGCCAUCGCGUACAACGUGGUGCCCGCGCUGGAAGCUACGCCGCGGCGGUUCGUCGCGCUCAUCGAGCACUUGGAAUAUACAAGAGUGACACGAGACGCCAAGGGCAGUGGGCGGUCGGCCUAGGCAAUGUUACGGCUAACACAAGGAAUCAAGAGGGGUUGAUGUAUGCGA